AUGCAAAGCGACAUAAUUGUAAGCACCGAUUUACCUGAGUAUAAUAGAAGUAGGAUGAACGGAAUUAUGAAUAGAAGUGCCUACAGUGGUAGCGGCAGUCCUGGCUGCAGGGAGCAAACCAAUGAAGGUACUACAAGUGGCAUAUAUGAAAAUGGGAAUGUAAUUAAUGACGACCAUGUAAGUAGUGCCACCUUCAAAGAUGACAUGGAAAGUAGCAGCGAUUGCAAUAUUUGUCCUGCCGAGAUAAACAUUGCUACAGAAGCCCAAUCCGUUAGUCAAAAAAACGUAAGUAACUCCACCGACAUGACAGAAGGAACAUCCAUUUCUGUAGUGAGUAAAGAUUAUGACCAGGCUCAUGGUAGGCACUGCCCAAAUGGUAAUUGUGAAAUGUUGGUGCAAAAGGAGGAAGAUGCGAAGGGCGAAAAAGACGUCCGAGUGAGUGAAGAAACGUUUAUGCGCAAUGUUGACGAUGUGGGAAGCCUCAAAGGAAGCAUUACACUUCAUAAUUUCGAGGUGAUUCCUGCCAGCGAGGUGAAGUCAACUUCGGCAGGAGACAGCCGCGGUGAUGUCAGUGGAUCCGGCGCGGAUUCUCCCAGUGAUGCGAAAGAACGUGAACUCGCCAGAAAGGAAUCCCGGGAUCAGGAGACCAUGGACCCAGGAGCAAAGUGCCCCAGUGGAGACAGCCCCAGUGUAAGCUUCCCCAAUGGAAGCAGCCCCACUGCGGACGCCUCUAUCGAUGCAGCUAGUGAGUCCAAGAAUAACGACGCGCCAGUGUGUUACAGCCAAAGUGGCGCGGGCGACCAGAAUUACUCCAACGUCGUUUAUGACUCUACGCGCGUAAACAGCGCUAAUGCCACCAGCGAAGCUUGCGCGGAUGUGUCCAAGUUUAAUCCAGUCACCGAAAGUAAUGUCAAAAUGAAUAACGUUUCUGCGUAUGCAGACCUGAUAGAGGGCAGCGAAGGGCACCCGAAUGAAACGACCCAUUGCAAGCAGGACACCCCGAAGGAAUCUGGACGCAAUAAUUGCAGCGAUGAAGCGGCAGGCUGUGAAGGUGUCACGCGUAAAGAAGGCGACCAGUUCCGAAUUGGACUCUCGGAGGAGGGCAAUAAAAACCACGGGAGGAGCAGCCACAGCGCGAGUGAAGGUGCGAGCGGCAAUGCCAGCGGUAGUGGUAGGAACGAUGACAGUAAUAGCGGGGAAAACGCCAACAGCGGCAGCAAUGGGGGAAGCAGUAACCAUGGCGGAAGUAACAAUAACAGCGGAAGUAACAAUAACAGCGGAAGUGGCAAUAACGGUGGAAGUGGCAAUAACGGUGGAGGCGGAAACGCGCGACGCAGCAACAGCGGAGAAGAUGGCGAAAACGACGGGGAUAAACACAGGAAGAACAGCCAUCAUGACGCGGGAAGCGGUGAAGGUACCGGUGAAGGUAGCGGCGAUUUGGAGAACCCCAACAAGGGGAAGAGCGUGGAGGACACGAGGAAAAAUGAAAACAGUGAUAAUCAGAACAACGAUCAGAAGAACGAACAGAGUAGUAGCAAAAAUGCAGAUGCCGCUAACCGAAGUAAUAAUAACAGUGAGAAUGGGAAGAAAAAAAAAAACAGUUACAGCGUUGAAGGGAAAAAUGGCAGCGUCAAAGGGCAUUCCGUGUCGUCCCCAAAAUCGAGCAUUAGCAAUGGCUCUGCGCCAGUUAGUUCACUAAACGCAGAUGCACCUGAGUUUGUGCCAUCAACCAAAGGAAUGCAAGGAGGCUUAUCUUUCAACAAUUUAAUGUGGAACCAUUACUAUCAAGAUAUGUCCAAUGGAGCCUUCGGAGGAGUAGCAACGAAUGGACUGAUUAAUAGUUUGGCUGCACAGGGAAGCAAUAGUAUGAUGACUCCUAACCCGUUGUUAAGCCCUCUUGGUGGAAUGGGCCAUGGUCCAGGUGAUCUGCUAAACUUAGCGAAUUCCAGUCAUAUGUCAGCAUCGAAUGGUGGCAUCAGUUUAACCAUUCCCAAUAAUGUUGGUGUAAUGUUACCCCAAGUGAAUAAUCUGAGUAAUAUGGAUACUCGAAAUAAUGACAAGGGGAAUCGUCUUCCCAGUGGUGGUGUUUCUGCCACGAGUGGGCUGAAUAUAAACAAUAACGCAGGUAAUAAAUCGGUGAGCAGUUCGAAGAUGGGGAAUAAUCUUAAUAAUGCCACUUCGAGUGAUCAUGAAAAUAACGUGACGCCCACUUCGUCCAGCAUGAUGCAUGACUCAGCAGGGACUGCUAUAGUAGGAAAAGCAGGAAUAAAUAACACUGGAACCGAUUCUAACUUUUUAAAUCAAAGUGGGAUGCUACCUGCAAUGAAGAAUAUGAGAGCUAAUAACAACUUUAUCAAGGGGUCGGAAAAUUCCGGUCCUUCCCCAUUUCACACGAUAGACCCACAUAAUGCUGGACAUCAUCAAACUUUUCAUUCAAAUGGAUCCAUGAUGCAUCCACACAAUUUUUACGUCAGCAACCCCUACUUAAUGAAUAACCAUCCGCAUGCACAUCCACAUCAUCCUCAUCACCCUCACCCGAAUGCUUUAUCUGGAGGACCCCCCCCUCAGUCAUUAUUUACUCCAAUGUCCUAUAGAAACUCGUUAGGAUCGGGGACGUUACAGCAUAAUGGCCCAUUAAAUUUGACUGCCCCUUUGGAAGCACACUUCAUUUCGGGCACCUCGGGAAAUUUGGGCAGCGCAGCUCCGCCUUUAAAACUCUCGUAUAAUCAUGUGGCCCAGCCGAACAGACGAAACCUCUUUAACCAUUUCAACAUGGGCACGAUGCACGCCGGGGGGAGUAACCUCACUGAUACCAACUUCGAGCAUAGCGUCAGUAACAAUAACAGUAACAUUAGCAACAUGAGUAAUAUGAGUAACAUGAGUAAUGUAAUUGGAGGUGCCGCGGCUGCGGGGGGCAUUACGUACGGAUACGGAAACUUCAGCCCAACGCAUAAUGUUAAUGGUAGCGGCACUGGUAACCUACUUCCUACUGGCGAGAAUGCUGGAAGUAAUAAAAAUAGCGUAACUGCCGGCGCUGCAAACGCAGGUCCAAACAUUAGCGUCAAUAAUGGCACUAACAACAGUGGAAGCAGCAGUACAAGCGGAAUGCACCUAACCCCAGGAUUAGGAAACAACCUAGGUAUGAAUGCAAAUGGCAGUAUGAUGUGUAUAAAUGGACCGUUGCAUAUGACCAAUAUAAAUGCGGCUAAUGUGACUCCCUUGUCGCAUCACCAUAUGAAUCAGAUGAACAACGUCAUGGGGGUAGGAGGAGCUGCCGGUGCAGCUGCCAUGGGGAACAUCACCCCAGGAGGAAUGCACAUGGGGAGUAUGCAAAUGAAUCACAACAUGAUGGUAAAUACCAUGGAGGGAAUAGGCGGACCGAUUGGUGGAGCAGUAGUUACCAAGCAGCAGAAGCGAAAUAGUACAUACAGCGAAAGGGGCAUGAACAAUGCAGGUGGAAGUAAUAAUAACAACAGCGGGAAGUCAGGUGCCCAUCGAGAUAGCAAAGGAGGAGUGAAAGGCAACACCAGUAAUAGUAACAACAUGAUAGCUAACAAUGCUGGCUCUGCUGCUGGUAGCGGUAGCGGAGGAGUGUCGUCCGUUUUGACUUCCUAUGGUAAACAGGACAGCAAGAAAGGCAGCAAGUACAGUGGAAGUGGAGCAAACAACAUGAACGUGAAUUUGAAUGCCCAUUCUGGGAACAACACCAGUCAUGUUAUCGCCGUUAGUGGAUCGAAAAAUGUAUACGUCAGUGCAAAGGGAGCAAAACAGGAAGUGCUCUACGGAAGGGACGAAAAGGGAAACGCGACUACAACAGCAACCCCUGGGGCGACUUCAUCUCCAGCGAGCAACAGCUAUUUUGGUAAAGGAUUGACGGGCAAUAAUAAUAACAACGUCAUUUUGUCGACUGGUUCAGCUAGCAAUAACACGAAUAGUAACAAUAAUAUGAGUAGUGCUCUGCACCAGAAGGAGUCCGAUUUGGGUGGCGGCGUGAAGGAAAAUUUAGACGACACGAAUGCAAAUAAGCUUCUCCACUACGAUGGUAGCACCAACGAAGGGGGUAAGGGCUCCUUUAAGGGAAAAGCGGGAGGAUACAGUAACGUUAAUAACGCCAGUAAUGCUAGGAACAAAGUCAGCAACAACAGUAACAAUUCGAACAAUGUGGUCUGCUCCACCCAUGCCGAUGUGUCCAGCAGCAACCAUGGAACGGCAACAGCAGCAGGGGAGAAGAGAUCCUUUAACAAGCAUGAAAAAAAUAAGGAAGAUUAUAGAGGGGGCAAAAAUUACGCAAGUAACAAAAUGAGUGAAGAGAAAGGCAGCUACAAUCACAUCGGAGGGGCCGUAGCAGGAUCGAAGAAGGAUGUACCUAAGGAUAACAAUAAGGGGGGCACAAAAAAUGCUGAUGUGCAUGUGAAGAAGCCAUAUAGCGAUAUGCUCGGACAUUCGAAUAGCGGCAGUAUGGGUAGUCAGCAACCCCACCUUGGCAACAACAAGCAGCAGGGAAGUUACAACACAAGUAGUGCAAAAUACCAUAGCAAUGUGGACAAGCGAGUGGGACACAUGAGGAAUGCCGAAGGAGGCAAGGGUGCAAAUGAAAAGAAAUUAAAAAAUGAAGAUGAUAAGAAGUUUAAGGAGAAGGAUAGCAACAUGGUAGCAGGAUCUGGAGGAGCGACAAAGGGUUCGACGGUGAAAGUGGGAUCCACACCUACGGGAGGAAGUGGAAGUAAUUUCACCCUUUCGAAUACGAAUGAUCAGGGGGUAGUUACAAAUAAGCAUAGCGUGAAUGGUAAGAAUCUGCCACGUGUUGGAGGAGGUAUCGAGGGGGUGAGUGGCCCCUACCCCAAGAACAACUACGACGAAAAUGCGAUGAGCAGCAACAAAAAGGAAAGUUAUGCCAAUGGGAAAAAUGCGAAAAAUUAUGAUAAGAAGAACAACACGGAAUUUUCUUCCUGGGUAAAGAUUGCCAAAAUGAAUCCCACUAAAAAGAAAGGAGAGAAAAGCAUCUUGAACGGAAAACAGGAGAGUGAAAGUAAUCACGAUACUGGGCGAGGCGGUGUUUCUGGACCAACUUCCGUGGCGAAUGCUAAUUUGAAACACCACGAUGGUGGUAACGCAGACAGGGGAAGCAGUGGUCACCGUGCCAUGGGAGGCGCAUCUGGGGUGAGAGAUCGAAGCAGCAGCGCUUAUAACAAUGCGAAAGGUCGAGGCCACAAUAAUGAAAGCGGCGCAGCAGGAGGGUACUCAAAAGGGGGCAGUUCCGCCGUCAAUGGACCGUUGCAUAUGAGGCACGAAAGUGGAACCAGAACCCUCAGUAAUUCGCAAAGUAGCAGGGAUGGAAAGAAGAGAAAGGAUGAGGAAGAGCAGAGAGCCGAUAGACACAAAGGAAUGGUGAGCAAAGUUAUGAUCGGAAUGAGCAGCAGCAGUAAUGUUGUCCCUUAUAGCAAAUCCAGCAAAAAGGGGAACGAAGAUAGAAGCGAUAAUAUGAUGAGUAAUAACGCUAAGAAUAAGAAAUUGACCUCCUACGGAAGCGGUAAAAAUACUAGUUACCAUGAUAAGGAGAGUAUUAAAGAGAGGGGAAGCAAAAUGAAGUACGAAAAUGCCAGUAGAGGAGGUGUGAAGAAGAUCGAAAUGGUGAAUGAGAGAAAAGCAGAAGGACGAAGUGGUGGUGGAAAUGUUAUGAACACGUCUGGAAAUAUUUAUUCCUCUCACCGACAAAGAGAAAAAAUGAAGAUCCAAAAUGUCGAAAUUAAGCAGAUUAAUGAGAAGGUUAUGAAGCGAAGGAGUGAGGAUCGCAAAGAGGCUAUAGAGAAAAAAGGAAGGGCCCAAGAACAUCAAAAAAGCGUUGGGGGCACUACUAGGAGCAGCAAACAUGCCGAGAGGGAGGAGCAAUCAGAUGCAGUAAAGAAACUAGGCAGGGACCAUGCAUACGAGGGAAGAACCAAAGCGCAUUCUAACUGGGAAGGAAAAAAUGCCGAGUAUGAAAAACGGGUGGAUGAUCACGAAGCCGCAGUAGCAGCAGGGGCUGGAAGGGACGACGGUGUUAAGAAGAUCCAUCUAUCGAACGAAUGGACAAACGGGUUAAGAAGCGAAUCGGGCAGGAAUAAAGACGACCACUACCAGAAUGACAGCCUCAAUGAGAAUAACGCGCAUGCUGGAGGGGGUAGCUGUGGGCAGGGUAAUAAUACGCAGAUGAAAAAGGGGGAAAACGCAGAUAUGAACAAGGAAGGCAGCUAUAAGUACGGAGAAGGGUCAAGCGAGUAUCACAACCAGGCGGCGAACCAGGAUGGAAGUGUGAAUGGAAAUGUCAAUGCCAAUGUGAAUGGAACUGUCAGUUCCAGUGCGCAUGACAACCGCUCCGUGUCAACCUACUCUAACUCGAAGAACUCCGUGUGGGACGGAAAGAUCUCCUUUGCGGAAAUGGCCAAGAGGAAGCCAAAGAAAGAAACGAAGGAGCCGAGGGGAGGAGAUGCCAAGAAUACUAAAUCGGAAUCGUCCCACAACGAUAGGAAGAGUGUGCACCAUGGAUCGAAUCAUAAAGGAGAUAAAUCGUCCAAGAGGAGAGACCAGCGUGGAAAGAGGUAUGACUCGAACAGCACUAUUCGUGACAAGCCAUCAGGAACGACGGUGCACCCCCGAGGAGGCGAAACUAACGAGAAGAGAAAUUUCAACAGUGGUAACCACAAUGAUGGUAGCAACAGCACCAGCAGGGACAGUGGCCGUGGAGGUGCAAGCGAAAUGAGAAAAAGAAACGACCUGAAAGAACACAUGAAAAAGGGAUAUGAUGGUGGAAGUGCGGCAUCCAAUAUGAGGGAUUCCAGGCGACUCGGAGGAGAAGCCACAGCAGGAGCCACAUCAGGAGCCACAUCAGGAGCAGCAGCAGAUACGCCACUAAAGGGUGACACCAACAGGAGGGAAGAGAAAGAUAUGAUGGGCCAUGUAAUGGUUAAUCAGAAUGGCACCCUUUCAGAGGCUGAAGGGUCGGAUGACGCCUGUCACAAACGCAGAGGCGGGGAAGCCAAGAAGGGAUUGCGAGACGGCAUUAUGGAGGAACAAAAGGACGAAGCAGACAAAAUGAGCAAGAGUAAUGCAGCUGUGGAGGAGGAAGAAGUCGUCGAAGCAGUCGAAUCCGUCGAAGCAGUAAAAGCCGUCGUAGCAGUCGAAGGUGACCUCCACGUUGAGGCCUGUCCCGAUGCCGCUCCCCAAUCGGAUAGUCUCCGACCAGAAAGGGAAAGUCCCAAAAGAAUAUUUCACGGGGGCGCAGAAAGGAUACUUAGUCCCGUUGCCAAGGAUGAUAGGGAAGAGGCCCAAAUCGUGGAGGGAAACAAAAUCAUCGGAAGUGACAAUAACGUAACGGAUGACAGUGGAAGCAGAAAUAUCGCCAAGUUUUCUCCCCCAACAGACUCAGACGGUACCAUGCAUCGCACAGAUGAUUGGAGCGAGAAGGGUGCAAAGAGGCACGGAAUGAAAGAGGGAUCAGCAAAGGUAUUCCCAGAUGGAUUGUCAAAGUAUGAGAAAAUGAAAUUAGAAUAUACAGAGGGCAAUCUGGAGGUAGUGACCUCUGUAGAAGAGCGCCAUGGUAUCCAGAUCGGAGAGGCGAAGGAGGCCCACGAAAGAAUUACCGCAGGUGAGCAUUUCUCUGAAAAGAAAGAAAUGAACGCCCAAGGUGUGCAAAAUGACGGGUUGAGUGUGCUAAUCAAUGGUAAGAUGUCGGAGGCAAGUGGAGACGCGAAAUAUGUACGCGGGGAUGACACCAGCCCCGCGGUGAAGGAAAAGGGAGAAUUGAAGAGUGUAAGUAAUGAAAGGAAAGUAGAAGCUAAGGAAGUAGAAGGAAUGGGAGUAGAAGGGAAGGAAGAAAAUGCCGGAACGGGAAAAUGCCUCGUGGAGGAGGAAACCAAGUCGGCCAUUACCAUGGCCACGGAAGAAUCUGUCAAAGUAGCCAAAUCGUCGAAUGAAGAUUUGACGAUAGGAAAAAGUGAAAAGAACAAAUCGGGAGGAAAGAAAAAGUAUGGACUCUUUAGCGAUAUUAAGAAGUGGGCCAAGGGAAAACUGACCACUGGGGGAGGCGCGACAGAUGUCGCCCUACAGGAGGAGAAGAAGAGCAAAGGGGAUGGAAGUAAGGACAACGUGACGAGAACAGUUGACGCCCCGAGUAAGGACAACGAGAAUGACACCAUCGUGGGAAGCGCAGGCGAUAGGGAUCCGAUGCUGAAAAAGGCGGACGAUGUGGUGGCAAGUGUCGACGUGAAGAUGGACGGAACGAUCGGCAUGACCGGCAUGAGCUGCAGCGUGGAUGUCGAGCCAGCUAGCUUGAACAGCGAAAAGGAGGUCCCGUCUGUUGGCGAGAAAGAGCAAAUGAGUGAAAGCAAAGUGAUACCAGCGAAGGAGCAAAUCAGUGAAGGCAAAGUGAUACCAGAGAAAGAGGAAAUAACUGAAAACGAAGUGAUACCAGAGAAAGAGGAAAUGGAUGAAAGCAAAGUGGUACAACCGAAGGAAGAGCCCAAGAGCAAUGCUGAUGGGCUUCUAGACUCGCUGGAAAAAAGAGCAGACGAAAUUGAAGUCGAAAAAGCGAAUGAAAAGGUAGAAGCGCAGAAUGAGAAAAAUCAUGAAGAGUCAGAGAGGGAAAAGGAAAGACAACGAAUGAAACAGAUGAAGCUGGAGAAAAUGGGCAAGAGUAAAAUAUAUUCCAAAAUUGAUUUGCUCGAAAUUUUUGUCGGAAAUAAGUGGAACAGUGGAGAGGAGAGAUUCAAUUUUAUCUUGUCCUAUAAUCCCGAUGUGGAUUCCCAUAAAAUGGGAAGCACCAUGAUGGAGGGUUCUUGCAACAUAAAUCAUAUGGACGCGAGUGGAAUGAACAGUAAUAAUCACAUGGGUGUUGGUACCCAUGCACACGAGGGCAAGAAUAGCAUGUACAGUAAGAGGUACAUGAAUGCUGGAAGCUCUGGUGCAGGAGGCGGACACGUAAGUGGUGGAAGCGCAGGCAUGGGUAAUAACUACAUGGGUGGAAAUAAUAAUCAUGGCAUUAGCAGUGGCAAGCAGUUCGGAAUUAUGUCUGGUAGUGGAGGCAAGAACAACGAUGAUGUGUGGAGAUAUGGGCAAGGCGGUAAGAACGGCAUGAUCAAUAGUGGGCACCUUGCAAACGGUGGAGUUAAUAUGAACCUCAAUUUUGGUGACAUGAAUCACAGUAGUGGAGGUAACAACAUGGUAGGGGCCGGAGGUAAAGGCGUUAUGGGAUCUGGAAGCGGGUCCCUCGAUGCGCACAAUUCGAGUGUCGGUGGGUUAGGAAAGAUGGGCCAGGCAAAUCUGGAGUGGAGAAAAAAUGACGGAGAUAAAUUGAAGGGAUUCUUUGAUUCGACACGUGCUGUUGAAUCGCCAGAUGCAUGGAGACAUAAGAACCACAGCGGAGGAGGAAGCAGCAGAGGCGUGGCAGAAAAUGCUUGGCUUGUGAAGCAAAAUCAAUUAAAAGCGGAUAAGUACACAUGUAUGAUGAGGAAGUUGAGAGGUAUACUUAACAAACUGACUUUCGAAAAAUUUGACCUCCUAUAUGAACAAAUAAUCCUAGUAGGAAUAACAAAGUUAGAAGAAAUCAUAGGGUUGAUGAAGUUAGUUUUCGAGAAGGCAGUGACACAGCAUCACUUCGUACAGAUGUAUGUCCAGCUGUGUAAAAAAUUGAACGUGCAUUUCCAAAAUAUGAAGUUGGAAGACGAGAGCAUUGUUCAGUUUAAGAAGAUCCUAAUUAACCAAUGUCAAGAUUCUUUUGAGAAUAAUCUCAAGCCGAUAGAAUACCCAAGCCACUUAACGAAUGAAGAGGAAAGGUUCGAAUUUGAGCAGAUGCACAAGAAUAAGGUUAGAGGAAAUAUGCUGUUCGUUGGGGAGCUAGUAAAAUCGGGAAUCAUCUCCAUACCGAUUGUCUUUGUUUGUAUUAAGCAGUUGUUGGAGAAGAGGGAAAGCUACAUUUCUGCUAAAAAUGACACCAAUGAAGGAAACCUACACUUGGAAGCUUUAUGCAUGUUUCUGAACACCGUGGGGGAAAUUCUUGAUACACAUGAGAAAGCCAAUCAGGAAAAAGUGAAGGAGCUAUACAAUACUCUUCACGCUCUGAUAAAUGAUGAGAGCAUUACUUUCCGUGUUAGAUGCCUCAUUAAGGAUGUUAUUGACAACAGAAAUGAGAAGUGGAACAAGAAGUUCGCUCACAAAUUGGAGGGACCCACCACACUCAGUGUGUUACACGACAAAAUAUUAAAAGAAUACAUCGAUCAAAGCAACAGAAGCUUCAAUAGUAGCAGCCACAUGGGUAACUAUCACGAAAGCAAGAUGAAUAGCAGUCUCAGCAAUAUGAGAAACAAUCUCCUUCGCAACGUCAAUUUUGGUAUGAAUAGUAGCAACACUGGCGGGGGUAGUAACCUCGGAGGUGGUGCCUUCGGCAGCAGCGGAAGCGGCAGCAACAGCAAUUCCGGCUUUAGCAUGAUGAACAUGAGGAACCUCGGUGGAGGGACGAAAAAUGCGGACCCUAAUAAAAAUAUGAAGAAGCUAUCCCUAAAUUUGAUGAAGGCCAAAAAUGCCAGUGGGUCAAAGGUGAUGGGCGACGAUAUGAUGAAAGGUGUAGGGGUAGGAGGAGUAGGCGGUGCAGCUGGGGCAUCCCAGGUCGGAUCCAAUGCCAGUGGCAGCUUCUUCGACAUGAUGUCCAAGAAUCAUUUCGCCUUCAAGAAUAGCCUCCAGACCUUUAUGAAUAACGAAAGCGGUAAUACCGGUAAUAGCGGUAACGCGGCGAGUGGCGCGGGAAACAACGCCACUAGCAAUGGCAACAGCGACACUGGCAAUGGCAACAGCGGCACUGGCAAUGGCAACAGCGAAGGCGCCUUCUGUAGCAACCUAAAUUCGAGGUUCCCGGUAAAGGAGAAGAGCGGAAACAGUGGCAGCGCCAAUGAGGGCAAGUUCUUCAUGCGAAAUGUUAACUUGAAGAAUAGCGGUGAGGGAGGUACUACAGUUGGAAGUGGCACCGUUAACGCCGCUGCGAAUGAUGCGACGGGCAAAACUGAGGAGCAGCCCCAUGACGCUUCCGCCUCAGAAAUCGCCGCACAAACCGUGAGCGCGGACGGAAGGGGCUCCCCGAGUGACGGCGCAGAAAAGAGCGCCCAGACGGCGGGAGCACUCAACGCAGGGUCAAAUGGCGCAAAUGAUGACUACGCCUUCACCGAGGAGUACCUCCCCAAGGUGAACGAAAUACUGGAGUUGUCCACAAUCACAGGAUCAGACGAAUGGGAAACGCUGACCAGAAAAAUCGAGAACUUGAAUGUGCCCUCCAAAUUUAAUGAGAAACUACAAGCCAAUAUUUUAAAGCUUACCCUUAAGAAAUACGCCUGCAACAGGAACGUCGAAAAAAGUGCCGAUUAUUUUGACUGGCUCAUCUCCAUUGUCCUGUUAAAUAAAAUCGACUUGGAAUCUUUUAAGCCAUGCUGGAAGGCCUUUAUGCUGGAGAAUGACGAAAACAGUUAUGAGUGCACCAAGGAGGACUACCCUCUCUUGCCUUCCCUCGCGAAGAAUUUCAUCAAGGCGAUUGAAUUGCAUGACACGAACCAUUUGCUCUACGAUGCGGCCACCAUCGACGAAAUGAAGAGCGUCAUCUGA